UUGCUUUUAUUACCUGACCCCCCCCUGACUCACCAUUAUCUCACCCUUCACAUCUGCCCCUCCCACUUGUAUUCUUUUAUAUUCAAUUUUACCUUAUUUUUAACUUGUUACUAUUAAUCUUUGCCUCAUUGUAUUUUUGUUAUGUUUUUGUAGUGUCUUUGAGCUCCUGUAAAAAGCACUAUACAAAUACAAUGUAUUAUUAUAUUGCACCCUCUUUACACUUACAAGCUAGAAGAAACUGUAGCAUUUAAAUUCAUAGUAGACCAAAUAAAUGCAACCACUUUAAAAUCAAAAUCACUGUUGAGCUAUCAUUAGUCUUUUUACUCAACGGUGGAGUUUUAUGAUUCACCCUCAAUUUGAGUGUCAGAACAAAAAUAAUCCCUCACAUCCACAAGUAUAAAAAAAUAUUACAGCUAAAUGAGCCGCAAACACAUUUGUUAGCUGAGCAGUAAUUUCUAUCUAAACUGAACAAAGUGUAUCCUUUCUAUUGUUGUUUAAGAACACCCUCCACUGUCAGUGAAGUGGUGAAUCAGAGCAGGGACGAGAACGAGAGAGAGAGAUAGAGAGAAACAAUUACCUGUGCUGCUGACUGGCGACCAUGGCAACAUCUCCUCAAAUUCCCAGAAAAAUAGUGAUGAAGGAUAAAGAAAUUAUCUAUGUACACAUACAGUACUGUUAUAGAAUCUGAAUUAUGUGUACUGUAGGAUUACACUAUAAAAAAAAUACAUAUUGGGCUCUUCUUUUGGGGCAUAAUUCAACAACUUCUACCUAUUUCUACCUCUGGCAAUCAAAAUACUAACAGUAAGAGCUGAUCACUAGUAUCUGACAUGUAAAUGAAGCCUUUUUCAGCCUGUGAGUGUCCCCUGCUCUCAGACUCAUGUUUUUUUUCCCUCUCCAAUAGAGUCCCAAAAUAAAGACAGAGAAACUAAUUUAGGAGGACCGGAGGUGUGCUUCAGCUGAUGGAUCCUUCAAUUACUGGGUUAACAGGGGCAGUAAUCAAUACUGCCAGCGAGGCAUUAAUGUCAAGGGGAAGCUGACCUUUUGUUUACAUCUAUAAUAUUUACACUCCAGGUUCAAGAGGUGGAAUGAAAGUCAGCCGCAGGCAUCAUAUUACAAUGCUGAGGCUAUUUAACAAUGAUUUAACCAGAUGUGUGGCCACAAAGUCCUCACAAAGCACCAACAAAGACACAAUUUGACUGAAAACAGAUCUCAGAUGUAUUUGGUAAAAAACUGUAAAAAAAUUGGUCAUCUACUUGACUUCCGGUUCGAGUGGACGCUGGCGCGUUUGGCUGCCGCUGCUCUCUGGUAAACUUUUAACUCUUUUAGCACUCUUCCGUGCUCUGGAGACCAGCCAUCAACAAAUGCUGUUCUCCCUGGGACUCUUACCCUACACACCAGACUUUGCUACCGGAGCUCUCACCGCCUUCUGUGUCUUGACGGGUAAGCUGAUCCUAGCCUGCCUGCUCGACCCGGCUCCGCGUCUCAUCCUCUCCGCCACACUACACCAUGUGGACCAGUAGGUUCUAUGGACCGGCUACUCUGGCUGUCGUGGUGUGGACUGCCCUGUCGCUCCUCCAUCUAUCCGUGGAAGGUCUGUUCCAAUACUCGGCGGCAGAGUUCCUCAGGCUCCGCUCCCAGAAGCCUGGAUCUCCACCGGCAGCUCUUCACCUCCACCCGGACAUCGCCCUCCUGCCUCGCCCGAGGUACAUCCACCGUGGGUCUCGGCGGACUCUCCAUUCUGGCAGCUCCAACGAGAUUACAUCUUUUUGGUCCUCCACUCGUCGCCCACAGAGAAACACCAGCCGGUCUGUGGACCACAGGGUGCUAGCCGACCUGGCUAGGUCGGCUAGCACUCCCCACAACACCACGAACGCCAACUUCGGUCUGCUCAACAUCAGAUCCCUCUCCGGUAAAGGACACCUCAUUCAUGAUAUCCUCAUUGACCGUAAGCUUGACUUCUUUUGCCUAAAUGAGACGUGGCAAGUCCCCGGUGAUUUUUCCCAGCUGAACGACUCCUCUCCGGCGGGGUUUGUGUACAUCUCCAAACCUUGCGAGUCGGGUCGUGGGGGAGGUCUCGCGAUAUUCUACCGCGAGAAGUGGAAGGUCCUACCUGUCUCUCUGCCUCCUCUCUCCUCACUUGAAUGCCUGGCGUGUCAGCUACCUGGACAUGUCCCCACAAUCAUUGCCACAAUAUACCGUCCUCCCAAACCUCACAGUGACUUUUUAAAUGAAUUCUCUGUCCUCCUUAAUCACCUCGCCACUCUCUCACCCAACAUUAUUCUGCUCGGUGACUUCAAUAUACACAUGGACAAUACUACCCUACCCCUUACCAUGGACUUCUCCUCACUACUCGACAGCUUUGGUUUUGAACAAUUUGCAGAUUUCCCCACACACAUCAAAGGCCAUACAAUAGAUUUAAUUUGCUGUUCAGGUCUCACCCCCUCCAACUGUACCGCCGACACAUUGCACAUUACAGACCACUCCCUCCUCUCAUUUAACACCACUCUCCAGCUCUCCAUCCCAAAACCCCGCAUCAUCUCAUACCGCAACAUUAAGAAUAUUAACCUGGACUCCCUCUCCUCCUCCAUCACUACCCUCACCCUGAACCCCACCUCCGCCCCUGAUGAUCUCGUCAUACAUUACAACAAUGGACUGUCCAACAUACUCAACUCCCUUGCUCCCGUCAAAUCCCGCUCUGUCUCCUUUACCCGGUCCGCACCUUGGUUCACCCCCCAUCUCCGUUCCAUGAAAUCCAAAAAUCGACAGCUAGAAAGACUUUACAGGAAAACCGGCCUCACCAUCCACAAAGACAUCUUAAUAACUCAGCUAUCCCACUACAAGGACUCCAUCUCCCAUGCAAAAUCACAGUACUAUUCUGGACUUAUCUGCUCCAAUGCUGGAAAUACCAAAUCUCUUUUCUCUGUCUACAACCAUAUCACUCAACCCCCGGACUGCUUUCCUCCCCACAUGUAUUCCUCAGACACCUGCGACUCCCUCCUCAGUUUCUUCAAUAGCAAAAUCACUAAAAUCCAUCAGAACCUGGGCUCCACAUCCCCACCACUUCCCUCAUCUGAACCUCUCCCUCCUUUACAACCUUUUUCCACCUUUCUACUCCCUAAUCCCUCAGAAAUCGCUGAUCUCAUUACCAAAUCCAAACCCUCAUCCUGCCAACUGGACCCCCUCCCCACUUCCCUGGUCAAAUCCUGUCUACCCUCUCUACUCCCCCUCAUCUCAGUCAUCAUCCACUCCUCACUGUCGACUGGAACUGUUCCCACCCCCUUCAAAACUGCAGCCAUCAGUCCUACCCUGAAAAAACCUGGUUCAGACCCCAACGACUUCAAUAACCUCCGCCCCAUUUCCCACCUCCCCUUCAUCUCCAAAAUUUUAGAAAAAACAGUUGCCUCUCAACUCCACACCCACCUCACCCACAAUAGCCUGUACGAACAGUUCCAGUCCGGUUUCCGCCCCCUCCAUAGCACUGAAACAGCCCUCAUCAAGAUCAUCAACGACCUCCUCAUGGCAGCUGACUCCGGUCUAAUCUCCAUCCUCAUCCUCCUUGAUCUGAGUGUGGCCUUUGAUACCAUCUCUCAUCCCAUCCUCCUCCAUAGACUCUCCUCCAUAGGCAUUUCUCACACCCCCCUUCUCUGGUUCCACUCAUACCUCACUGGCCGCACUCAGUUCAUCCAACUCAAAUCAUUCACCUCACAGCCCCUCCCCUGUCACUUCAGGUGUGCCCCAGGGUUCUGUCCUGGGGCCCCUCCUCUUCAUUAUUUAUCUCCUUCCCCUCGGCAGCAUCUUCCGCAAAUAUGGCAUCCACUUUCAUUGUUUCGCGGAUGACACCCAGCUCUACCUCUCCAGCAAACCCAACGCCUCUCUCCCACCCUCCUCCCUCACCCACUGCCUCUCAGAAAUUAAAUCCUGGUUCACAUCAAACUUCCUCAAACUCAACUCUGAUAAAACAGAACUCCUCCUGGUCGGUACUAAGUCCACUCUCUCCAAAACUAACAGUUUCUCCCUCACCAUAGAUAACUCCACAGUGUCCCCUUCCCCUCAGGUUAAGAGCCUGGGUGUCAUCCUCGACAGCUCACUAUCUUUCCACUCCCACAUCAAUAACAUCACCCGGUCUGCAUACUUCCAUCUACGAAACAUCAACCGUCUCCGCCCAUCACUCACUCCUCACACCACAGCUAUCCUAGUCCACAGUCUUGUCACCUCCCGUAUCCAUUAUUGCAACUCACUCCUCCUCGGUGUCCCUCACAAAUCCCUCCAUAAACUUCAACUUGUCCAAAACUCUGCAGCCCGUAUCAUCACCAGAACUCCCUCCUUCCACCACAUCACCCCUGUCCUUCAGCAGCUUCACUGGCUCCCUAUCCGGUCCAGAAUCCACUAUAAAAUCAUACUAUACACCUUCAAAGCCAUCCAUAACCUUGCCCCCCCUUACCUCUCCGAUCUCCUCCACAUCGCCACCCCCUCACGCUCCCUCAGAUCCUCCUCCUCCCUCCACCUUUCUGUCCCCUCUGCCCGACUUAGCACCAUGGGGAGCAGGGCUUUCAGUCGCUCUGCUCCCAAACUCUGGAACUCUCUCCCUCCGGAUCUCAGAAACAUGGACUCACUACCCCACUUCAAAUCAAAACUCAAAACACAUCUGUUCCAAAUUGCAUAUUCCCUCUAACUGUCCAUUUCCAUACAUGUAUAUUGUUUUUAUUUAUUUUAAAAGUGUUUUAACUGUGUUCUAAAUGCCUGUACAGUGUCCUUGGGUGUCCAGAAAGGCGCUUUUAAAUAAAAUGUAUUAUUAUAUUAUUAUCUACAUGCUCUGAAAGUGAAACCAAAACAUUUGGAGCUCCACCAUUUGACCAGUAAUAGUAAAGGUAAACAAAGCCUGCCUCCUGCCUACUGAAUUAUCCCUCAUGAUAAUUAAAGUUGUUGUUCUUCUUCUACAUACUCUUUUUUCUUCUUCUUCUCUAUUUCUUUUCUUCUUCUACUUCUUUUUCUUCUUCUUCUCUUCUUUUUCCUUCACUUCUUCUUUUUCUGCUGUGGCUACCCAAUCCUUUCCGCAAACACGAUUUGUACUGCGAAUGUGCGAAACGGAUGUCAUUUUCUCAACUAGCCAUCUUUGCGACACCUCAGCAAUUCUUUGCUCCUAGCGGUUUGUGACAGCUUUGACACUUGUUCGGCAGCCUAAGCAGCACAAGCGAGCCCGCUUCAGAGUGGAGGUUCCAAUUUAUCAACAGCUACAUGCCCCGACUGAAGCAGAGCCUCGGAAAGUCAGAAGAAUGGCGCCCAGUUUCACAAUUAAAGGUUUCUACCACUAGCUUAAUUUUUAAAAUUGACACGUAGUUAAAAAUGCUUGAAUGAAUGCGAAUAUUUUUAUUGUUGGAAUAAAUUGAAUUUCAUUCCCCUUUUAUUUUUUGCAACCAAACCUGUGUCAUGUCCUCAACAGCCCGCGACUUUUGACUUUGAGCCCAUUUCAACAGCCCGCGACUUUUGACUUUGAGCCCAUUUCAACAGCCUGCGACUUUUGACUUUGAGCCCAUUUCACAAGCCUGCGACUUUGGACUUUGAGCCCAUUUCAACAGCCCGUGACUUUUGACUUUGAGCCCAUUUCACAAGCCCGCGACUUUGGACUUUGAGCCCAUUUCAACAGCCCGUGACUUUUGACUUUGAGUCCAUUUCACAAGCCCGCGACUUUUGACUUUGAGCCCAUUUCACAAGCCUGCGACUUUUGACUUUGAACCCAUUUCAACAGCCCGCGACUUUUGACUUUGAGCCCAUUUCACAAGCCCGCGACUUUGGACUUUGAGCCCAUCUCACAAGCCUGCGACUUUUGACUGUGAGCCCAUUUCAAAAGCCCGCGACUUUUGACUUUGAGCCCAUUUCACAAGCCCGCGACUUUUGACUUAAAGCCCAUUUCAACAGCCCGCGACUUUUGACUUUGAGCCCAUUUCACAAGCCUGCGACUUUUGACUUUGAGUCCAUUUCACAAGCCCGCGACUUUGGACUUUGAGCCCAUUUCAACAGCCCGCGACUUUGGACUUUGAGCCCAUUUCACAAGCCUGCGACUUUUGACUUUGAGCCCAUUUCACAAGCCCGCGACUUUUGACUUUGAGCCCAUUUCACAAGCCUGCGACUUUUGACUUUGAGCCCAUUUCACAAGUCUGCGACUUUGGACUUUGAGCCCAUUUCAACAGCCCGCGACUUUGGACUUUGAGCCCAUUUCAAAAGCCCGUGACUUUUGACUUUGAGCCCAAUUCAACAGCCCGCGACUUUUGACUUUGAGCCCAUUUCACAAGCCUGCGACUUUCGACUUUGAGCCCAAUUCACAAGCCUGCGACUUUUGACUUUGAGCCCAUUUCAACAGCCUGCGACUUUUGACUUUGAGCCCAUUUCACAAGCCUGCGACUUUUGACUUUGAGCCCAUUUCAACAGCCCGUGACUUUUGACUUUGAGCCCAUUUCACAAGCCCGCGACUUAUGACUUUGUGCCCAUUUAAACAGCCCGCAACUUUUGACUUUGAGCCCAUUUCACAAGCCUGCGACUUUUGACUUUGAGCCCAUUUCACAAGCCUGCGACUUUGGACUUUGAGCCCAAUUCACAAGCCUGCGACUUUUGACUUUGAGCCCAUUUCACAAGCCUGCGACUUUUGACUUUGAGUCCAUUUCACAAGCCUGCGACUUUUGACUUUGAGCCCAUUUCACAAGCCUGCGACUUUUGACUUUGAGUUUAUUUCACAAGCCUGCGACUUUUGAAUUUGAGCCCAUUUUACAAGCCUGCGACUUUUGACUAUGAGCCCAUUUCACAAGCCUGCGACUUUUGAUUUUGAGCCCAUUUCACAAGCCCGCGACUUUUGACUUUGAGCCCAUUUCAAAAGCCCGCGACUUUUGACUUUGAGCCCAAUUCACAAGCCUGCGACUUUUGACUUUGAGUCCAUUUCACAAGCCCGCGACUUUGGACUUUGAGCCCAUUUCAACAGCCUGCGACUUUGGACUUUUAGCCCAUUUCACAAGCGUGCGACUUUUGACUUUGAGCCCAUUUCACAAGCCCGCGACUUUUGACUUUGAGUCCAUUUCAACAGCCUGCGACUUUUGACUUUGAGCCCAUUUCACAAGUCUGCGACUUUGACUUUGAGCCCAUUUCAACAGCCCGCGACUUUGGACUUUGAGCCCAUUUCAACAGCCCGUGACUUUUGACUUUGAGCCCAUUUCAACAGCCCGCGACUUUUGACUUUGAGCCCAUUUCACAAGCCUGCGACUUUCGACUUUGAGCCCAAUUCACAAGCCUGCGACUUUUGACUUUGAGCCCAUUUCAACAGCCUGCGACUUCUGACUUUGAGCCCAUUUCACGAGCCUGCGACUUUGGACUUUGAGCCCAUUUCAACAGCCCGUGACUUUUGACUUUGAGCCCAUUUCACAAGCCCGCGACUUAUGACCUUGAGCCCAUUUCAACAGCCCGCAACUUUUGACUUUGAGCCCAUUUCACAAGCCUGCGACUUUUGACUUUGAGCCCAUUUCACAAGCCUGCGACUUUUGACUUUGAGCCCAUUUCACAAGCCCGCGACUUAUGACUUUGAGCCCAUUUCAACAGCCCGCAACUUUUGACUUUGAGCCCAUUUCACAAGCCUGCGACUUUUGACUUUGAGCCAAUUUCACAAGCCUGCGACUUAUGACUUUGAGCCCAUUUCACAAGCCUGCGACUUUUGACUUUGAGCCCAUUUCACAAGCCUGCGACUUUUGACUUUGAGCCAAUUUCACAAGCCUGCGACUUAUGACUUUGAGCCCAUUUCACAAGCCUGCGACUUUUGACUUUGAGCCCAUUUCACAAGCCCGCGACUUUUGACUUUGAGUCCAUUUCACAAGCCUGCGACUUUUGACUUUGAGCCAAUUUCACAAGCCUGCGACUAUUGACUUUGAGCCCAUUUCACAAGCCUGCGACUUUUGACUUUGAGCCAAUUUCACAAGCCUGCGACAUUUGACUUUGAGCCCAUUUCACAAGCCUGCGACUUUUGACUUUGAGCCCAUUUCACAAGCCUGCGACUUUUGACUUUGAGCCCAUUUCACAAGCCUGCGACUUUUGACUUUGAGCCCAUUUCACAAGCCUGCGACUUUUGACUUUGAGCCCAUUUCAACAGCCCGCGACUUUUGACUUUGAGCCCAUUUCACAAGCCCGUGACUUUUGACUUUGAGCCCAUUUCACAAGCCUGCGACUUUUGACUUUGAGCCCAUUUCAACAGCCCGCGACUUUUGACUUUGAGCCCAUUUCAACAGCCCGCGACUUUUGACUUUGAGCCCAUUUCACAAGCACGCGACUUUUGACUUUGAGCCCAUUUCACAAGCCCGCGACUUUUGACUUUGAGCCCAUUUCACAAGCCCGCGACUUUUGACUUUUAGCCUAUUUCACAAGCCUGCGACUUUUGACUUUUAGCCCAUUUCACAAGCGUGCGACUUUUGACUUUGAGCCCAUUUCACAAGCCUGCGACUUUUGACUUUGAGCCCAUUUCAACAGCCUGCGACUUUUGACUUUGAGCCCAUUUCAACAGCCCGCGACUUUUGACUUUGAGCCCAUUUGGACAGCCUGCAACUUUCGACUUUGAGCCCAUUUCACAAGCCUGCGACUUUUGACUUUGAGCCCAUUUCAAAAGCCUGCGACUUUGGACUUUGAGCCCAUUUCACAAGCCUGCGACUUUUGACUCUUAGCCCAUUUGGACAGCCCGCGACUUUCGACUUUGAGCCCAUUUCAACAGCCCGCGACUUUUGACUUUGAGCCCAUUUCAACAGCCCGCGACUUUUGACUAUGAGCCCAUUUCACAAGCCUGCGACUUUUGACUUUGAGCCAAUUUCACAAGCCCGCGACUUUUGACUUUGAGCCCAUUUCAACAGCCUGCGACUUCUGACUUUGAGCCAAUUUCACAAUGCCUGCGACUUUGGACUUUGAGCCCAUUUCAACAGCCCGCGACUUUUGACUUUGAACCCAUUUCAACAGUCCGUGACUUUUGACUUUGAGCCCAUUUCAACAGCCCGCGACUUUUGACUUUGAGCCCAUUUCACAAGCCCGCGACUUUGGACUUUGAGCCCAUUUGACAAGCCUGCGACUUUUGACUUUGAGCCCAUUUCAACAGCCCCUGACUUUUGACUUUGAGCCCAUUUCAACAGCCUGCGACUUUUGACUUUGAGCCCAUUUCACAAGCCCGCGACUUAUGACUUUGAGCCCAUUUCAACAGCCCGCAACUUUUGACUUUGAGCCCAUUUCACAAGCCUGCGACUUUUGACUUUGAGCCCAUUUCACAAGCCUGCGACUUUUGACUUUGAGCCCAUUUCACAAGCCCGCGACUUAUGACUUUGAGCCCAUUUCACAAGCCCGCGACUUUGGACUUUGAGCCCAUUUGACAAGCCUGGGACUUUUGACUUUGAGCCCAUUUCAACAGCCCCUGACUUUUGACUUUGAGCCCAUUUCAACAGCCCGCGACUUUUGACUUUGAGCCCAUUUCACAAGCCCGCGACUUAUGACUUUGAGCCCAUUUCAACAGCCCGCAACUUUUGACUUUGAGCCCAUUUCACAAGCCUGCGACUUUUGACUUUGAGCCCAUUUCACAAGCCUGCGACUUUUGACUUUGAGCCCAUUUCACAAGCCCGCGACUUAUGACUUUGAGCCCAUUUCAACAGCCCGCAACUUUUGACUUUGAGCCCAUUUCACAAGCCUGCGACUUUUGACUUUGAGCCCAUUUCACAAGCCUGCGACUAUUGACUUUGAGCCCAUUUCACAAGCCUGCGACUUUUGACUUUGAGCCCAUUUCACAAGCCCGCGACUUUUGACUUUGAGCCCAUUUCACAAGCCUGUGACUUUUGACUUUGAGCCCAUUUCAACAGCCCGCGACUUUUGACUUUGAGCCCAUUUCACAAGCCUGCGACUUUUGACUUUGAGCCCAUUUCACAAGCCUGCGACUUUUGACUUUGAGCCAAUAUCACAAGCCUGCGACUUAUGACUUUGAGCCCAUUUCACAAGCCUGCGACUUUUGACUUUGAGCCCAUUUCACAAGCCUGCGACUUUUGACUUUGAGCCCAUUUCACAAGCCCGCGACUUAUGACUUUGAGCCCAUUUCAAAAGCCUGCGACUUUUGACUUUGAGCCCAUUUCACAAGCCUGCGACUUUUGACUUUGAGCCCAUUUCACAAGCCUGCGACUUUUGACUUUGAGCCCAUUUCACAAGCCUGCGACUUUUGACUUUGAGCCAAUUUCACAAGCCUGCGACUUUUGACUUUGAGCCCAUUUCACAAGCCUGCGACUUUUGACUUUGAGCCCAUUUCACAAGCCUGCGACUUUUGACUUUGAGUCCAUUUCACAAGCCUGCGACUUUUGACUUUGAGCCCAUUUCACAAGCCUGCGACUUUUGACUUUGAGCCCAUUUCAACAGCCCGCGACUUUUGACUUUGAGCCCAUUUCACAAGCCUGCGACUUUUGACUUUGAGCCCAUUUCACAAGCCUGCGACUUUUGACUUUGAGCCAAUUUCACAAGCCUGCGACUAUUGACUUUGAGCCCAUUUCACAAGCCUGCGACUUUUGACUUUGAGCCAAUUUCACAAGCCUGCGACAUUUGACUUUGAGCCCAUUUCACAAGCCUGCAACUUUUGACUUUGAGCCCAUUUCACAAGCCUGCGACUUCUGACUUUGAGCCCAUUUCACAAGCCUGCGACUUUUGACUUUGAGCCCAUUUCACAAGCCUGCGACUUUUGACUUUGGGCCCAUUUCAACAGCCCGCGACUUUUGACUUUGAGCCCAUUUCACAAGCCUGUGACUUUUGACUUUUAGCCCAUUUCACAAGCCUGCGACUUUUGACUUUGAGCCCAUUUCAACAGCCCGCGACUUUUGACUUUGAGCCCAUUUCAACAGCCCGCGACUUUGGACUUUGAGCCCAUUUCACAAGCCUGCGACUUUUGACUUUGAAUCCAUUUCAACAGCCCGCGACUUUUGACUUUGAGCCCAUUUCACAAGCCCGUGACUUUUGACUUUUAGCCCAUUUCACAAGCCUGCGACUUUUGACUUUUAGCCCAUUUCACAAGCGUGCGACUUUUGACUUUGAGCCCAUUUCACAAGCCUGCGACUUUUGACUUUGAGCCCAUUUCAACAGCCCGCGACUUUUGACUUUGAGCCCAUUUCAACAGCCCGCGACCUUUGACUUUGAGCCCAUUUCACAAGCCCGCGACUUUUGACUUUUAGCCCAUUUCACAAGCCUGCGACUUUUGACUUUUAGCCCAUUUCACAAGCGUGCGACUUUUGACUUUGAGCCCAUUUCACAAGCCUGCGACUUUUGACUUUGAGCCCAUUUCAACAGCCUGCGACUUUUGACUUUGAGCCCAUUUCAACAGCCCGCGACUUUUGACUUUGAGCCCAUUUGGACAGCCUGCAACUUUUGACUUUGAGCCCAUUUCACAAGCCCGCGACUUUGGACUUUGAGCCCAUUUGACAAGCCUGUGACUUUUGACUUUGAGCCCAUUUCAACAGCCCCUGACUUUUGACUUUGAGCCCAUUUCAACAGCCCGCGACUUUUGACUUUGAGCCCAUUUCACAAGCCUGCGACUUUUGACUUUGAGCCCAUUUGACAAGCCUGCGACUUUUGACUUUGAGCCCAUUUCAACAGCCCCUGACUUUUGACUUUGAGCCCAUUUCAACAGCCCGCGACUUUUGACUUUGAGCCCAUUUCACAAGCCUGCGACUUUUGACUUUGAGCCCAUUUUAACUGCCCGCGACUUUUGACUUUGAGCCCAUUUCACAAGCCUGCGACUUUUGACUUUGAGCCAUUUCAACAGCCCGCGACUUUUGACUUUGAGCCCAUUUCAACAGCCCGCGACUUUUGACUUUGAGCCCAUUUCACAAGCCUGCGACUUUUGACUUUGAGCCCAUUUUAACUGCCCGCGACUUUUGACUUUGAGCCCAUUUCACAAGCCUGCGACUUUUGACUUUGAGCCCAUUUCAACAGCCCCUGACUUUUGACUUUGAGCCCAUUUCAACAGCCCGCGACUUUUGACUUUGAGCCCAUUUCACAAGCCUGCGACUUUUUACUUUGAGCCCAUUUGACAAGCCUGCGACUUUUGACUUUGAGCCCAUUUCAACAGCCCCUGACUUUUGACUUUGAGCCCAUUUCAACAGCCCGCGACUUUUGACUUUGAGCCCAUUUCACAAGCCUGCGACUUUUGACUAUGCCCAUUUUAACUGCCCGCGACUUUUGACUUUGAGCCCAUUUCACAAGCCUGCGACUUUUGACUUUGAGCCAUUUCAACAGCCCGCGACUUUUGACUUUGAGCCCAUUUCAACAGCCCGCGACUUUUGACUUUGAGCCCAUUUCACAAGCCUGCGACUUUGGACUUUGAGCCCAUUUCAACAGCCCGCGACUUUUGACUUUGAGCCCAUUUCACAAGCCUGCGACUUUCGACUUUGAGCCCAUUUCACAAGCCUGCGACUUUUGACUUUGAGCCCAUUUCACAAGCCUGCGACUUUUGACUUUGAGCCAAUUUCACAAGCCUGCGACUUUUGACUUUGAGCCCAUUUCACAGGCCUGCGACUUUUGACUUUGAGCCCAUUUCACAAGCCCGCGACUUUUGACUUUGAGCCCAUUUCAACAGCCUGCGACUUCUGACUUUGAGCCCAUUUCACAAGCCUGCGACUUUGGACUUUGAGCCCAUUUCAACAGCCCGCGACUUUUGACUUUGAGCCCAUUUCAACAGCCCGUGACUUUUGACUUUGAGCCCAUUUCAACAGCCCGCGACUUUUGACUUUGAGCCCAUUUCACAAGCCUGCGACUUUUGACUUUGAGCCCAUUUGACAAGCUCGCGACUUUUGACUUUGAGCCCAUUUCAACAGCCCGUGACUUUUGACUUUGAGCCCAUUUCAACAGCCCGCGACUUUUGACUUUGAGCGCAUUUCACAAGCCCGCGACUUUUGACUUUUAGCCCAUUUCACAAGCCUGCGACUUUUGACUUUUAGCCCAUUUCACAAGCGUGCGACUUUUGACUUUGAGCCCAUUUCACAAGCCUGCGACUUUUGACUUUGAGCCCAUUUCAACAGCCUGCGACUUUUGACUUUGAGCCCAUUUCAACAGCCCGCGACCUUUGACUUUGAGCCCAUCUCAACAGCCCGUAACUUUUGACUUUGAGCCCAUUUCACAAGCCCGCGACUUUUGACUUUUAGCCUAUUUCACAAGCCUGCGACUUUUGACUUUUAGCCCAUUUCACAAGCGUGCGACUUUUGACUUUGAGCCAAUUUCACACGCCCGCGACUUUUGACUUUGAGCCCAUUUCAACAGCCCGCGACUUUUGACUUUGAGCCCAUUUCAACAGCCCGCGACUUUUGACUAUGAGCCCAUUUCACAAGCCUGCGACUUUUGACUUUGAGCCAAUUUCACAAGCCCGCGUCUUUUGACUUUGAGCCCAUUUCAACAGCCUGCGACUUCUGACUUUGAGCCAAUUUCACAAUGCCUGCGACUUUGGACUUUGAGCCCAUUUCAACAGCCCGCGACUUUUGACUUUGAACCCAUUUCAACAGCCCGUGACUUUUGACUUUGAGCCCAUUUCAACAGCCCGCGACUUUUGACUUUGAGCCCAUUUCACAAGCCCGCGACUUUGGACUUUGAGCCCAUUUGACAAGCCUGUGACUUUUGACUUUGAGCCCAUUUCAACAGCCCCUGACUUUUGACUUUGAGCCCAUUUCAACAGCCCGCGACUUUUGACUUUGAGCCCAUUUCACAAGCCUGCGACUUUUGACUUUUAGCCCAUUUCACAAGCCUGCGACUUUUGACUUUGAGCCCAUUUCAACAGCCCGCGACUUUUGACUUUGAGCCCAUUUCAACAGCCCGCGACUUUUGACUUUGAGCCCAUUUCACAAGCACGCGACUUUUGACUUUGAGCCCAUUUCAACAGCCCGCGACUUUUGACUUUGAGCCCAUCUCAACAGCCCGUAACUUUUGACUUUGAGCCCAUUUCACAAGCCCGCGACUUUUGACUUUUAGCCUAUUUCACAAGCCUGCGACUUUUGACUUUUAGCCCAUUUCACAAGCGUGCGACUUUUGACUUUGAGCCCAUUUCACAAGCCUGCGACUUUUGACUUUGAGCCCAUUUCAACAGCCCGCGACUUUUGACUUUGAGCCCAUUUCACAAGCCCGCGACUUUUGACUUUUAGCCUAUUUCACAAGCCUGCGACUUUUGACUUUUAGCCCAUUUCACAAGCGUGCGACUUUUGACUUUGAGCCCAUUUCACAAGCCUGCGACUUUUGACUUUGAGCCCAUUUCAACAGCCUGCGACUUUUGACUUUGAGCCCAUUUCAACAGCCCGCGACUUUUGACUUUGAGCCCAUUUGGACAGCCUGCAACUUUCGACUUUGAGCCCAUUUCACAAGCCUGCGACUUUUGACUUUGAGCCCAUUUCAAAAGCCUGCGACUUUGGACUUUGAGCCCAUUUCACAAGCCUGCGACUUUUGACUCUUAGCCCAUUUGGACAGCCCGCGACUUUCGACUUUGAGCCCAUUUCAACAGCCCGCGACUUUUGACUUUGAGCCCAUUUCAACAGCCCGCGACUUUUGACUAUGAGCCCAUUUCACAAGCCUGCGACUUUUGACUUUGAGCCCAUUUCACAAGCCCGCGACUUUUGACUUUGAGCCCAUUUCAACAGCCUGCGACUUCUGACUUUGAGCCAAUUUCACAAUGCCUGCGACUUUGGACUUUGAGCCCAUUUCAACAGCCCGCGACUUUUGACUUUGAGCCCAUUUCAACAGCCCGUGACUUUUGACUUUGAGCCCAUUUCAACAGCCCGCGACUUUUGACUUUGAGCCCAUUUCACAAGCCUGCGACUUUUGACUUUGAGCCCAUUUGACAAGCCUGCGACUUUUGACUUUGAGCCCAUUUCAACAGCCCGCGACUUUUGACUUUGAGCCCAUUUCACAAGCCUGCGACUUUUGACUUUGAGCCCAUUUGACAAGCUCGCGACUUUUGACUUUGAGCCCAUUUCACAAGCCCGCGACUUUUGACUUUGAGUCCAUUUCACAAGCCUGCGACUUUUGACUUUGAGCCCAUUUCAACAGCCCGCGACUUUUGACUUUGAGCCCAUUUCAACAGCCCGCGACUUUUGACUUUGAGCGCAUUUCACAAGCCCGCGACUUUUGACUUUUAGCCCAUUUCACAAGCCUGCGACUUUUGACUUUUAGCCCAUUUCACAAGCGUGCGACUUUUGACUUUGAGCCCAUUUCACAAGCCUGCGACUUUUGACUUUGAGCCCAUUUCAACAGCCUGCGACUUUUGACUUUGAGCCCAUUUCAACAGCCCGCGACUUUUGACUUUGAGCCCAUUUGGACAGCCUGCAACUUUCGACUUUGAGCCCAUUUCACAAGCCUGCGACUUUUGACUUUGAGCCCAUUUCAAAAGCCUGCGACUUUGGACUUUGAGCCCAUUUCACAAGCCUGCGACUUUUGACUCUUAGCCCAUUUGGACAGCCCGCGACUUUCGACUUUGAGCCCAUUUCACAGGCCUGCGACUUUUGACUUUGAGCCAAUUUCACAAGCCCGCGACUUUUGACUUUGAGCCCAUUUCAACAGCCCGCGACUUUUGACUUUGAGCCCAUUUCAACAGCCCGCGACUUUUGACUAUGAGCCCAUUUCACAAGCCUGCGACUUUUGACUUUGAGCCCAUUUCACAAGCCUGCGACUUUUGACUUUUAGCCCAUUUCACAAGCCUGCGACUUUUGACUUUGAGCCCAUUUCAACAGCCCGCGACUUUUGACUUUGAGACCAUUUCAACAGCCCGCGACUUUUGACUUUGAGCCCAUUUCACAAGCACGCGACUUUUGACUUUGAGCCCAUUUCAACAGCCCGCGACCUUUGACUUUGAGCCCAUCUCAACAGCCCGUAACUUUUGACUUUGAGCCCAUUUCACAAGCCCGCGACUUUUGACUUUUAGCCUAUUUCACAAGCCUGCGACUUUUGACUUUUAGCCCAUUUCACAAGCGUGCGACUUUUGACUUUGAGCCCAUUUCACAAGCCUGCGACUUUUGACUUUGAGCCCAUUUCAACAGCCCGCGACUUUUGACUUUGAGCCCAUUUCACAAGCCCGCGACUUUUGACUUUUAGCCUAUUUCACAAGCCUGCGACUUUUGACUUUUAGCCCAUUUCACAAGCGUGCGACUUUUGACUUUGAGCCCAUUUCACAAGCCUGCGACUUUUGACUUUGAGCCCAUUUCAACAGCCUGCGACUUUUGACUUUGAGCCCAUUUCAACAGCCCGCGACUUUUGACUUUGAGCCCAUUUGGACAGCCUGCAACUUUCGACUUUGAGCCCAUUUCACAAGCCUGCGACUUUUGACUUUGAGCCCAUUUCAAAAGCCUGCGACUUUGGACUUUGAGCCCAUUUCACAAGCCUGCGACUUUUGACUCUUAGCCCAUUUGGACAGCCCGCGACUUUCGACUUUGAGCCCAUUUCAACAGCCCGCGACUUUUGACUUUGAGCCCAUUUCAACAGCCCGCGACUUUUGACUAUGAGCCCAUUUCACAAGCCUGCGACUUUUGACUUUGAGCCAAUUUCACAAGCCCGCGACUUUUGACUUUGAGCCCAUUUCAACAGCCUGCGACUUCUGACUUUGAGCCAAUUUCACAAUGCCUGCGACUUUGGACUUUGAGCCCAUUUCAACAGCCCGCGACUUUUGACUUUGAGCCCAUUUCACAAGCCCGCGACUUUGGACUUUGAGCCCAUUUGACAAGCCUGCGACUUUUGACUUUGAGCCCAUUUCAACAGCCCCUGACUUUUGACUUUGAGCCCAUUUCAACAGCCCGCGACUUUUGACUUUGAGCCCAUUUCACAAGCCUGCGACUUUUGACUUUGAGCCCAUUUGACAAGCCUGCGACUUUUGACUUUGAGCCCAUUUCAACAGCCCCUGACUUUUGACUUUGAGCCCAUUUCAACAGCCCGCGACUUUUGACUUUGAGCCCAUUUCACAAGCCCGCGACUUUUGACUUUGAGCCCAUUUCACAAGCCCGCGACUUAUGACUUUGAGCCCAUUUCAACAGCCCGCUACUUUUGACUUUGAGCCCAUUUCACAAGCCUGCGACUUUUGACUUUGAGCCCAUUUCACAAGCCUGCGACUUUUGACUUUGAGCCCAUUUCAACAGCCCGCAACUUUUGACUUUGAGCCCAUUUCACAAGCCUGCGACUUUUGACUUUGAGCCCAUUUCACAAGCCUGCGACUAUUGACUUUGAGCCCAUUUCACAAGCCUGCGACUUUUGACUUUGAGCCCAUUUCACAAGCCCGCGACUUUUGACUUUGAGCCCAUUUCACAAGCCUGUGACUUUUGACUUUGAGCCCAUUUCAACAGCCCGCGACUUUUGACUUUGAGCCCAUUUCACAAGCCUGCGACUUUUGACUUUGAGCCCAUUUCACAAGCCUGCGACUUUUGACUUUGAGCCAAUUUCACAAGCCUGCGACUUAUGACUUUGAGCCCAUUUCACAAGCCUGCGACUUUUGACUUUGAGCCCAUUUCACAAGCCCGCGACUUUUGACUUUGAGUCCAUUUCACAAGCCUGCGACUUUUGACUUUGAGCCCAUUUCACAAGCCUGCGACUUUUGACUUUGAGCCCAUUUCACAAGCCUGCGACUUUUGACUUUGAGCCCAUUUGACAAGCCUGCGACUUUUGACUUUGAGCCAAUUUCACAAGCCUGCGACUUAUGACUUUGAGCCCAUUUCACAAGCCUGCGACUUUUGACUUUGAGCCAAUUUCACAAGCCUGCGACUAUUGACUUUGAGCCCAUUUCACAAGCCUGCGACUUUUUACUUUGAGCCAAUUUCACAAGCCUGCGACAUUUGACUUUGAGCCCAUUUGGACAGCCUGCAACUUUCGACUUUGAGCCCAUUUCACAAGCCUGCGACUUUUGACUUUGAGCCCAUUUCAAAAGCCUGCGACUUUGGACUUUGAGCCCAUUUCACAAGCCUGCGACUUUUGACUCAUAGCCCAUUUGGACAGCCCGCGACUUUCGACUUUGAGCCCAUUUCACAGGCCUGCGACUUUUGACUUUGAGCCAAUUUCACACGCCUGCGACUUUUGACUUUGAGCCCAUUUCACAAGCCCGCGACUUUUGACUUUGAGUCCAUUUCACAAGCCUGCGACUUUUGACUUUGAGCCCAUUUCACAAGCCUGCGACUUUUGACUUUGAGCCCAUUUCACAAGCCUGCGACUUUUGACUUUGAGCCCAUUUCACAAGCCUGCGACUUUUGACUUUGAGCCAAUUUCACAAGCCUGCGACUUAUGACUUUGAGCCCAUUUCACAAGCCUGCGACUUUUGACUUUGAGCCCAUUUCACAAGCCCGCGACUUUUGACUUUGAGUCCAUUUCACAAGCCUGCGACUUUUGACUUUGAGCCCAUUUCACAAGCCUGCGACUUUUGACUUUGAGCCCAUUUCACAAGCCUGCGACUUUUGACUUUGAGCCAAUUUCACAAGCCUGCGACUAUUGACUUUGAGCCCAUUUCACAAGCCUGCGACUUUUUACUUUGAGCCAAUUUCACAAGCCUGCGACAUUUGACUUUGAGCCCAUUUCACAAGCCUGCAACUUUUGACUUUGAGCCCAUUUCACAAGCCUGCGACUUCUGACUUUGAGCCCAUUUCACAAGCCUGCGACUUUUGACUUUGAGCCCAUUUCACAAGCCUGCGACUUUUGACUUUGAGCCCAUUUCAACAGCCCGCGACUUUUGACUUUGAGCCCAUUUCACAAGCCUGUGACUUUUGACUUUUAGCCCAUUUCACAAGCCUGCGACUUUUGACUUUGAGCCCAUUUCAACAGCCCGCGACUUUUGACUUUGAGCCCAUUUCAACAGCCCGCGACUUUUGACUUUGAGCCCAUUUCACAAGCACGCGACUUUUGACUUUGAGCCCAUUUCAACAGCCCGCGACUUUUGACUUUGAGCCCAUCUCAACAGCCUGUGACUUUUGACUUUGAGCCCAUUUCACAAGCCCGUUACUUUUGACUUUGAGCCCAUUUCAAAGGCCCGCGACUUUGGACUUUGAGCCCAUUUCACAAGCCUGCGACUUUUGACUUUGAGCCCAUUUCAACAGCCCGCGACUUUUGACUUUGAGCCCAUUUCACAAGCCCGUGACUUUUGACUUUUAGCCCAUUUCACAAGCCUGCGACUUUUGACUUUUAGCCCAUUUCACAAACGUGCGACUUUUGACUUUGAGCCCAUUUCACAAGCCUGCGACUUUUGACUUUGAGCCCAUUUCAACAGCCCGCGACUUUUGACUUUGAGCCCAUUUCAACAGCCCGCGACUUUUGACUUUGAGCCCAUUUCACAAGCCCGCGACUUUUGACUUUUAGCCCAUUUCACAAGCCUGCGACUUUUGACUUUUAGCCCAUUUCACAAGCGUGCAACUUUUGACUUUGAGCCCAUUUCACAAGCCUGCGACUUUUGACUUUGAGCCCAUUUCAACAGCCUGCGACUUUUGACUUUGAGCCAAUUUCACACGCCCGCGACUUUUGACUUUGAGCCCAUUUCAACAGCCCGCGACUUUUGACUUUGAGCCCAUUUCAACAGCCCGCGACUUUUGACUAUGAGCCCAUUUCACAAGCCUUCGACUUUUGACUUUGAGCCAAUUUCACAAGCCCGCGACUUUUGACUUUGAGCCCAUUUCAACAGCCUGCGACUUCUGACUUUGAGCCAAUUUCACAAUGCCUGCGACUUUGGACUUUGAGCCCAUUUCAACAGCCCGCGACUUUUGACUUUGAACCCAUUUCAACAGCCCGCGACUUUUGACUUUGAGCCCAUUUCAACAGCCAGCGACUUUUGACUUUGAGCCCAUUUCACAAGCCCGCGACUUUGGACUUUGAGCCCAUUUGACAAGCCUGUGACUUUUGACUUUGAGCCCAUUUCAACAGCCCCUGACUUUUGACUUUGAGCCCAUUUCAACAGCCCGCGACUUUUGACUUUGAGCCCAUUUCACAAGCCUGCGACUUUUGACUUUGAGCCCAUUUGACAAGCCUGCGACUUUUGACUUUGAGCCCAUUUCAACAGCCCCUGACUUUUGACUUUGAGCCCAUUUCAACAGCCCGCGACUUUUGACUUUGAGCCCAUUUCACAAGCCUGCGACUUUUGACUUUGAGCCCAUUUUAACUGCCCGCGACCUUUGACUUUGAGCCCAUCUCAACAGCCCGUAACUUUUGACUUUGAGCCCAUUUCACAAGCCCGCGACUUUUGACUUUUAGCCUAUUUCACAAGCCUGCGACUUUUGACUUUUAGCCCAUUUCACAAGCGUGCGACUUUUGACUUUGAGCCCAUUUCACAAGCCUGCGACUUUUGACUUUGAGCCCAUUUCAACAGCCCGCGACUUUUGACUUUGAGCCCAUUUCACAAGCCCGCGACUUUUGACUUUUAGCCUAUUUCACAAGCCUGCGACUUUUGACUUUUAGCCCAUUUCACAAGCGAGCGACUUUUGACUUUGAGCCCAUUUCACAAGCCUGCGACUUUUGACUUUGAGCCCAUUUCAACAGCCUGCGACUUUUGACUUUGAGCCCAUUUCAACAGCCCGCGACUUUUGACUUUGAGCCCAUUUGGACAGCCUGCAACUUUCGACUUUGAGCCCAUUUCACAAGCCUGCGACUUUUGACUUUGAGCCCAUUUCAAAAGCCUGCGACUUUGGACUUUGAGCCCAUUUCACAAGCCUGCGACUUUUGACUCUUAGCCCAUUUGGACAGCCCGCGACUUUCGACUUUGAGCCCAUUUCAACAGCCCGCGACUUUUGACUUUGAGCCCAUUUCAACAGCCCGCGACUUUUGACUAUGAGCCCAUUUCACAAGCCUGCGACUUUUGACUUUGAGCCAAUUUCACAAGCCCGCGACUUUUGACUUUGAGCCCAUUUCAACAGCCUGCGACUUCUGACUUUGAGCCAAUUUCACAAUGCCUGCGACUUUGGACUUUGAGCCCAUUUCAACAGCCCGCGACUUUUGACUUUGAGCCCAUUUCACAAGCCCGCGACUUUGGACUUUGAGCCCAUUUGACAAGCCUGCGACUUUUGACUUUGAGCCCAUUUCAACAGCCCCUGACUUUUGACUUUGAGCCCAUUUCAACAGCCCGCGACUUUUGACUUUGAGCCCAUUUCACAAGCCUGCGACUUUUGACUUUGAGCCCAUUUGACAAGCCUGCGACUUUUGACUUUGAGCCCAUUUCAACAGCCCCUGACUUUUGACUUUGAGCCCAUUUCAACAGCCCGCGACUUUUGACUUUGAGCCCAUUUCACAAGCCCGCGACUUUUGACUUUGAGCCCAUUUCACAAGCCCGCGACUUAUGACUUUGAGCCCAUUUCAACAGCCCGCAACUUUUGACUUUGAGCCCAUUUCACAAGCCUGCGACUUUUGACUUUGAGCCCAUUUCACAAGCCUGCGACUUUUGACUUUGAGCCCAUUUCAACAGCCCGCAACUUUUGACUUUGAGCCCAUUUCACAAGCCUGCGACUUUUGACUUUGAGCCCAUUUCACAAGCCUGCGACUAUUGACUUUGAGCCCAUUUCACAAGCCUGCGACUUUUGACUUUGAGCCCAUUUCACAAGCCCGCGACUUUUGACUUUGAGCCCAUUUCACAAGCCUGUGACUUUUGACUUUGAGCCCAUUUCAACAGCCCGCGACUUUUGACUUUGAGCCCAUUUCACAAGCCUGCGACUUUUGACUUUGAGCCCAUUUCACAAGCCUGCGACUUUUGACUUUGAGCCAAUUUCACAAGCCUGCGACUUAUGACUUUGAGCCCAUUUCACAAGCCUGCGACUUUUGACUUUGAGCCCAUUUCACAAGCCCGCGACUUUUGACUUUGAGUCCAUUUCACAAGCCUGCGACUUUUGACUUUGAGCCCAUUUCACAAGCCUGCGACUUUUGACUUUGAGCCCAUUUCACAAGCCUGCGACUUUUGACUUUGAGCCCAUUUGACAAGCCUGCGACUUUUGACUUUGAGCCAAUUUCACAAGCCUGCGACUUAUGACUUUGAGCCCAUUUCACAAGCCUGCGACUUUUGACUUUGAGCCAAUUUCACAAGCCUGCGACUAUUGACUUUGAGCCCAUUUCACAAGCCUGCGACUUUUUACUUUGAGCCAAUUUCACAAGCCUGCGACAUUUGACUUUGAGCCCAUUUGGACAGCCUGCAACUUUCGACUUUGAGCCCAUUUCACAAGCCUGCGACUUUUGACUUUGAGCCCAUUUCAAAAGCCUGCGACUUUGGACUUUGAGCCCAUUUCACAAGCCUGCGACUUUUGACUCUUAGCCCAUUUGGACAGCCCGCGACUUUCGACUUUGAGCCCAUUUCACAGGCCUGCGACUUUUGACUUUGAGCCAAUUUCACACGCCUGCGACUUUUGACUUUGAGCCCAUUUCACAAGCCCGCGACUUUUGACUUUGAGUCCAUUUCACAAGCCUGCGACUUUUGACUUUGAGCCCAUUUCACAAGCCUGCGACUUUUGACUUUGAGCCCAUUUCACAAGCCUGCGACUUUUGACUUUGAGCCCAUUUCACAAGCCUGCGACUUUUGACUUUGAGCCAAUUUCACAAGCCUGCGACUUAUGACUUUGAGCCCAUUUCACAAGCCUGCGACUUUUGACUUUGAGCCCAUUUCACAAGCCCGCGACUUUUGACUUUGAGUCCAUUUCACAAGCCUGCGACUUUUGACUUUGAGCCCAUUUCACAAGCCUGCGACUUUUGACUUUGAGCCCAUUUCACAAGCCUGCGACUUUUGACUUUGAGCCAAUUUCACAAGCCUGCGACUAUUGACUUUGAGCCCAUUUCACAAGCCUGCGACUUUUUACUUUGAGCCAAUUUCACAAGCCUGCGACAUUUGACUUUGAGCCCAUUUCACAAGCCUGCAACUUUUGACUUUGAGCCCAUUUCACAAGCCUGCGACUUCUGACUUUGAGCCCAUUUCACAAGCCUGCGACUUUUGACUUUGAGCCCAUUUCACAAGCCUGCGACUUUUGACUUUGAGCCCAUUUCAACAGCCCGCGACUUUUGACUUUGAGCCCAUUUCACAAGCCUGUGACUUUUGACUUUUAGCCCAUUUCACAAGCCUGCGACUUUUGACUUUGAGCCCAUUUCAACAGCCAGCGACUUUUGACUUUGAGCCCAUUUCAACAGCCCGCGACUUUUGACUUUGAGCCCAUUUCACAAGCACGCGACUUUUGACUUUGAGCCCAUUUCAACAGCCCGCGACUUUUGACUUUGAGCCCAUCUCAACAGCCUGUGACUUUUGACUUUGAGCCCAUUUCACAAGCCCGUUACUUUUGACUUUGAGCCCAUUUCAAAGGCCCGCGACUUUGGACUUUGAGCCCAUUUCACAAGCCUGCGACUUUUGACUUUGAGCCCAUUUCAACAGCCCGCGACUUUUGACUUUGAGCCCAUUUCACAAGCCCGUGACUUUUGACUUUUAGCCCAUUUCACAAGCCUGCGACUUUUGACUUUUAGCCCAUUUCACAAGCGUGCGACUUUUGACUUUGAGCCCAUUUCACAAGCCUGCGACUUUUGACUUUGAGCCCAUUUCAACAGCCCGCGACUUUUGACUUUGAGCCCAUUUCAACAGCCCGCGACUUUUGACUUUGAGCCCAUUUCACAAGCCCGCGACUUUUGACUUUUAGCCCAUUUCACAAGCCUGCGACUUUUGACUUUUAGCCCAUUUCACAAGCGUGCAACUUUUGACUUUGAGCCCAUUUCACAAGCCUGCGACUUUUGACUUUGAGCCCAUUUCAACAGCCUAUGACUUUUGACUUUGAGCCAAUUUCACACGCCCGCGACUUUUGACUUUGAGCCCAUUUCAACAGCCCGCGACUUUUGACUUUGAGCCCAUUUCAACAGCCCGCGACUUUUGACUAUGAGCCCAUUUCACAAGCCUGCGACUUUUGACUUUGAGCCAAUUUCACAAGCCCGCGACUUUUGACUUUGAGCCCAUUUCAACAGCCUGCGACUUCUGACUUUGAGCCAAUUUCACAAUGCCUGCGACUUUGGACUUUGAGCCCAUUUCAACAGCCCGCGACUUUUGACUUUGAACCCAUUUCAACAGCCCGUGACUUUUGACUUUGAGCCCAUUUCAACAGCCCGCGACUUUUGACUUUGAGCCCAUUUCACAAGCCCGCGACUUUGGACUUUGAGCCCAUUUGACAAGCCUGUGACUUUUGACUUUGAGCCCAUUUCAACAGCCCCUGACUUUUGACUUUGAGCCCAUUUCAACAGCCCGCGACUUUUGACUUUGAGCCCAUUUCACAAGCCUGCGACUUUUGACUUUGAGCCCAUUUGACAAGCCUGCGACUUUUGACUUUGAGCCCAUUUCAACAGCCCCUGACUUUUGACUUUGAGCCCAUUUCAACAGCCCGCGACUUUUGACUUUGAGCCCAUUUCACAAGCCUGCGACUUUUGACUUUGAGCCCAUUUUAACUGCCCGCGACUUUUGACUUUGAGCCCAUUUCACAAGCCUGCGACUUUUGACUUUGAGCCAUUUCAACAGCCCGCGACUUUUGACUUUGAGCCCAUUUCAACAGCCCGCGACUUUUGACUUUGAGCCCAUUUCACAAGCCUGCGACUUUUGACUUUGAGCCCAUUUUAACUGCCCGCGACUUUUGACUUUUAGCCCAUUUCACAAGCCUGCGACUUUUGACUUUGAGCCCAUUUCAACAGCCCCUGACUUUUGACUUUGAGCCCAUUUCAACAGCCCGCGACUUUUGACUUUGAGCCCAUUUCACAAGCCUGCGACUUUUUACUUUGAGCCCAUUUGACAAGCCUGCGACUUUUGACUUUGAGCCCAUUUCAACAGCCCCUGACUUUUGACUUUGAGCCCAUUUCAACAGCCCGCGACUUUUGACUUUGAGCCCAUUUCACAAGCCUGCGACUUUUGACUAUGCCCAUUUUAACUGCCCGCGACUUUUGACUUUGAGCCCAUUUCAACAGCCUGCGACUUUUGACUUUGAGCCCAUUUCAACAGCCCGCGACUUUUGACUUUGAGCCCAUUUCACAAGCCUGCGACUUUUGACUUUGAGCCCAUUUGACAAGCUCGCGACUUUUGACUUUGAGCCCAUUUCACAAGCCCGCGACUUUUGACUUUGAGUCCAUUUCACAAGCCUGCGACUUUUGACUUUGAGCCCAUUUCAACAGCCCGCGACUUUUGACUUUGAGCCCAUUUCACAAGCCCGCGACUUUUGACUUUGAGCCCAUUUCAACAGCCUGCGACUUUUGACUUUGAGCCCAUUUCAACAGCCCGCGACUUUUGACUUUUAGCCCAUUUCACAAGCCUGCGACUUUUGACUUUGAGCCCAUUUGACAAGCUCGCGACUUUUGACUUUGAGCCCAUUUCACAAGCCUGCGACUUUUGACUUUGAGCCCAUUUCAACAGCCUGCGACUUUUGACUUUGAGCCCAUUUCAACAGCCCGCGACUUUUGACUUUGAGCCCAUUUCAACAGCCCGCGACUUUUGACUUUGAGCCCAUUUCACAAGCCUGCGACUUUUGACUUUGAGCCCAUUUCACAAGCUUGCGACUUUUGACUUUUAGCCCAUUUCACAAGCCUACGACUUUUGACUUUGAGCCCAUUUCACAAGCCUGCGACUUUUGACUUUGAGCCCAUUUCACAAGCCUGCGACUUUUGACUUUGAGCCCAUUUCACAAGCCCGCGACUUUGGACUUUGAGCCCAUUUCACAAGCCUGCGACUUUUGACUUUGAGCCCAUUUCAACAGCCCGCGACUUUUGACUUUGAGCCCAUUUCACAAGCCUGUGACUUUUGACUUUGAGCCCAUUUCACAAGCCUGCGACUUUUGACUUUGAGCCCAUUUCACAAGCGUGCGACUUUUGACUUUGAGCCCAUUUCACAAGCCUGCGACUUUUGACUUUGAGCCCAUUUCAACAGCCUGCGACUUUUGACUUUGAGCCCAUUUCAACAGCCCGCGACUUUUGACUUUGAGCCCAUUUCACAAGCCCGCGACUUUUGACUUUGAGCCCAUUUCACAAGCCUGCGACUUUUGACUUUGAGCCCAUUUCAAAAGCCUGCGACUUUUGACUUUGAACCCAUUUCACAAGCCUGCGACUUUUGACUCUUAGCCCAUUUGGACAGCCCGCGACUUUCGACUUUGAGCCCAUUUCACAGGCCUGCGACUUUUGACUUUGAGCCAAUUUCACAAGCCCGCGACUUUUGACUUUGAGCCCAUUUCAACAGCCCACGACUUUUGACUUUGAGCCCAUUUCAACAGCCCGCGACUUUUGACUUUGAGCCCAUUUCACAAGCCUGUGACUUUUGACUUUUAGCCCAUUUCACAAGCCUGCGACUUUUGACUUUGAGCCCAUUUCAACAGCCCGCGACUUUUGACUUUGAGCCCAUUUCACAAGCCUGCGACUUUUGACUUUGAGCCAAUUUCACAAGCCCGCGACUUUUGACUUUGAGCCCAUUUCAACAGCCUGCGACUUCUGACUUUGAGCCAAUUUCACAAGCCUGCGACUUUUGACUUUGAGCCCAUUUCACAAGCCUGCGACUUUUGACUUUGAGUCCAUUUCACAAGCCUGCGACUUUUGACUUUGAGCCCAUUUCACAAGCCCGCGACUUUUGACUUUGAGUCCAUUUCACAAGCCUGCGACUUUUGACUUUGAGCCCAUUUCAACAGCCCGCGACUUUGGACUUUGAGCCCAUUUCAACAGCCCACGACUUUUGACUUUGAGCCCAUUUCAACAGCCCGCGACUUUUGACUUUGAGCCCAUUUCACAAGCCUGCGACUUUUGACUUUGAGCCAAUUUCACAAGCCCGCGACUUUUGACUUUGAGCCCAUUUCAACAGCCUGCGACUUCUGACUUUGAGCCAAUUUCACAAGCCUGCGACUUUUGACUUUGAGCCCAUUUCACAAGCCUGCGACUUUUGACUUUGAGUCCAUUUCACAAGCCUGCGACUUUUGACUCUUAGCCCAUUUGGACAGCCCGCGACUUUCGACUUUGAGCCCAUUUCACAGGCCUGCGACUUUUGACUUUGAGCCAAUUUCACAAGCCCGCGACUUUUGACUUUGAGCCCAUUUCAACAGCCCACGACUUUUGACUUUGAGCCCAUUUCAACAGCCCGCGACUUUUGACUUUGAGCCCAUUUCACAAGCCUGCGACUUUUGACUUUGAGCCAAUUUCACAAGCCCGCGACUUUUGACUUUGAGCCCAUUUCAACAGCCUGCGACUUCUGACUUUGAGCCCUUUUCACAAGCCUGCGACUUUUGACUUUGAGCCCAUUUCACAAGCCUGCGACUUUUGACUUUGAGUCCAUUUCACAAGCCUGCGACUUUUGACUUUGAGCCCAUUUCACAAGCCCGCGACUUUUGACUUUGAGUCCAUUUCACAAGCCUGCGACUUUUGACUUUGAGCCCAUUUCAACAGCCCGCGACUUUGGACUUUGAGCCCAUUUUAACAGCCCACGACUUUGGACUCUGAGCUCAUUUCACAAGCCUGCGACUUUUGAAUUUGAGCCCAUUUCACAAGCCCGCGACUUUUGACUUUCAGCCCACUUAAACCUAAACCUAAUGUGAGAAAAAUAUAAUUUAGCACCACGGCUUAAUAAUGAUAGCGUGAGUUGCAGUCAUUUUAAACACAUACCGUCAGAAAGUUGAAUGAACCUCACGAGGGCGAGGGAACGAGGCACCCACAGCGCCACAGAACAAUCAACGGCCACUCAGCUGAUCAACCCAAGCUGUGUGGGGAUGCAGGAACACACACUCUGGGUCCCGCAACUGGUUCAAUGCAGGAGAGAGAAGACACAGUGAGGAACUGUUGGAGACAAAAGCCAACCCUGACGGCAACCGCAAAACUUUUAAAGCGAUACAAUAAAGUAUGUGAUUAACAUACCAAGAGCAGCGAACUGAGCACACAGCACAAUCAGGCAGCAAGACGAUCAGGUACGGUGACCAGGUGUUGUGAUUACGGGGAGAGCAGAGCUGACAAGAGCUCUGAGCAGAGGGAGAGGGCUCCCAGGGAGCAAGCACCCACAUUUAAAGACUAUGCCCCCUGAAGGCAUAGGCCGAGACUGCAGCCUAAUCAAGGUACAGCUGGGCUGUCGGCCCAUACUGCCACGUAAAGAUGACAACCAGUGUUCCUAUGAAGUAGAUCCUUCGCUUAAGAAGGCUGAGCACCAGUGACACUGAAGUGAAAAGGUUGUCUGCAAACAAAUUGUGUCUCUUUGUGCUGACUUACAUUUAACAUACACUUAUAUUUCAAUACAUAUUUAUUAAUUAGUUUAAAGAAUUUCUAAUGGUAUUUUUUGUUCAUAUUUGUUUAAAUAUUCUUUGACUUCACCUUCUUAAAAUAUAUUGAUUAAAAAUUCUUAAAUGGGUUUCAGUCUACCCUCC